UGACUACGUGGCAGUGGGUGAAGGAGCGGGGCGGGGUAUACUGUUCCACAAGGCCUUGACCGCCAGCAAGUGGCUGGCUGACAGCUUGACGUCCGACAGUUCGUUUUGAGCCUCUGUGCGGGGUUAGUGUUUAUCCCUCCUUCGGAUUCCUUUUCCAUGAGUCUGUGUGAUCUCUGAAAUUUUUAAGACCGUUAAUUCAUAUAGGCUGACCAUGUCAAAUGUUGCCAUCAAUUCCCUUUUUGGGCGUUACCUUAACCGCUUUGGGUCGCUGACUAGAGUGGCUAACUUCAUACACAACACACCACUCACUUCUGCUGAGGAACACCUUUCACCCUCGCAAGAGCUCGUCCCACAGCCUCCCUUGGUAAAGACUUAUGAGGAAGUACCUACUCCUUCCAGUUAUCCUCUGAUAGGAACUGUCCUGGAUCUGUUCGCAGCUGGAGGCGUAGAGCAAUAUCACGCAUUUAUCACUGCGCGACACAGGGAACUUGGCGGUGUGUUCAAGGAAAAAAUGUUUGGCAUGGAAAUGGUAUAUGUAUCCGAACCAGACACCAUCAGGGAGGUGUUUGCGGCUGAAGGUGAGCACCCGCAGCACUACAUUCCGGAGGCGUGGCUGCUGUACAACAAAGACCGCCAGAUGCAGCGAGGACUCUUCUUCAUGGAUGGAGAGGAGUGGAGAAAACACCGCACUAUCAUGAAUCGCCGACUGCUGCGCUAUGGCCCGCUGGUCCCUCACUUGCCUGCCCUCAGCCGCGUGUGUGACAGCCUGGUAGACCGAUGGACCUCUCGCUUUGCCAACCGCCCCGUACCGGAAUUGGAAAGAGAGCUGUACCGGUGGUCCAUUGAGUCUCUAGGCGUGAUUGUGUUCGGAAGUAGAUUGGGACUACUUGGCGAUACUCCUAGCACUGCCAAGGAGCAGCAGCGUGUAGCAGAUAUGGGCAGAUUCAUCGAGUCUAUACACGGCAUUUUCAAGGAGACUGUGAACCUUGGCACCACCCCGCCCGCUCUGGCUAGGUUGCUCCGUCUCCCAUCUUGGAAUCGUUUCACGAAGUGCCUGGAUGACGCCUUGGCCUCCGGUCACGCCCUCGUGUCGGCAGGGUUGAGGGCAUCGAUGGAGCAGAGGGCGCGAGGCGAAGACCCGGACCCACCCACGCUACUUGACCAGCUACUACACGAGGACCAACUAGAAGAGUCUGUCAUUCUCUGCCUGGUUGUAGACCUGUUCCUUGCCGCGGCAGACACAACAUCCCACACAGCCAUCUGGUCACUUUACCUCCUGGGCCGCCAUCCAGAAGUUGCUCAACGUGUCCGCCAAGAGAUUAUGGAAGUCACGGAUGGUACAGGACAGGUAGAGGGGCACCACCUGGCCGUGUUGUCCUAUUUGAGGGGCGUAGUGAAGGAAUCCUUGAGAAUGUAUCCCGUGGCACCCUUUCAAACCCGUGUGUUGGUGCGGGAUACCAACCUCGGGGGAUACGAGAUUCCUGGUGGAACGAUGGUUAUCCUCUCCGUGUACAGGACAGGACGUGACCCAGCGGUCUUCCCCAACCCGGACAGCUUCUCUCCGGAACGUUGGCUCCGAAAUACACACGAUCCCUCCACUACUAGCCUCUGCCCUACCAGCCGCGCUUCCAGGGUCACCCCGCGCGUACAUUCUCACGCCUUCAUCCCCUUUGGAGUGGGGGUCCGUUCCUGCAUCGGACGACGGGUGGCCGAAGCGGAGUUGUAUUUACUCUUAGCUAAAUUGGUUGCUAAGGUGGACUUGCGCGCCCUUAACCAGGUGGACAUGGUGCUGCGCAUGAUAGGCGUGACGUCGGAGUCCUUGCAGCUGCAGAUUGAGAUUCCCACACCGACGGUGACAACGCACCACUCUUGAAAGGAACAGGCUGUUGACAUGGUGGAGUAUUCCCUGAACCAUGUAGCACCGGAGCACAUAGAGAAGAGUCACACUAAUGGAACUGUUCACACAAAAAUCUCUGUUUAAUUACACAGAAAAAAGUCAGCGUGCUCAGUAACUUUUGGAGUGCUUGAGAGUGUCUAACGUGUCGUCGUGAGUGAUGGUGAGGUACAGCACGCGUGACCGCCUCCGUGAAGCAGGUACUUAGUUACGUUGUUACGUAAAAUGAGGCAUGAAAGGUCCUUCGCCUACCAUUCGACGCAAGUAACUAUACCAGGUAUUGUGAGAUAAUGCUGGGCUAGAGUUGUGCUGUUGCUGCGUGCUGAAGUGGUAUAGAAGAGCUGAGUGGAGGCAGCACAGACAGUUACUGAGUGACGCGCCUCAGCUGCAUGCCGCCAUGUCGUCGUCGUGCGUUCCGCCGAAGAAUUGUGUGGUGCAUAACCCGGACCCGUCUGGCCAU